AUGUAUAUCGAGAAUGACUUGCAUAGUCAGGGGCGUCUUAGUUCACUCCGACUGCGGCUGAAGCUAUUACUCUUGUGGCUCGUCGCUAUCGAUGGCGAUGAGGAUAUUUUACUCAAGUAUAAGAACUAUGUUCCCAUGUCCUCCAUGACCAACUAUAUAUUCUUCUUUGGUGGCAGAGUACGAACGUUGCGAGGCCGCAGACAGUUAUCGCUGGCCGUACUGUUUGUCAUUGUGGUUCCUGUGGUACUCUUUUCGAUAUUCGAGACAAACUCCAUCUGGUCACAUGGACAAGGUUAUAAGAGUCUCGUGGUAUUAUUUUACUAUUUUUGGUGCUUGACGCUGACUAUGUUUCUCAUGGCAGCCACUUCAGAUCCCGGAUGUUUACCAAGAAACCUGCAUGUUCCUCAGGUUAGUCGUAAUUACCAAAUACCUCAAGAAUAUUACAACAUAGUAAAUUUACCAUCUAACCAGCAAAGUCUUCCGAUACAAAUGAAGUAUUGCCGAUCUUGUAGGAUCUGGCGUCCUCCAAGGGCAUCGCAUUGUUCGACAUGCGGUUGCUGUGUGAUGGUACACGAUCACCACUGUGUUUGGAUUAACAACUGUGUCGGCCAACGUAAUUACCGUUUCUUCGUUACAUUUUUGGUAAGCGCAGUAAUUACAUGUAUCAUGUUAAUAGCUAACUGUGGUACCCAUUUACAUCGUACUAGGAAUGGAUCUCACGGAACACCUGUAUCUGUUUUACUAAUCAUCUGGGCAGGUCUCUCUAUAUGCUACCCUGCUACCUUACUAGCAUAUCACAUAGCGAUGACCGGAACCCAACAGACUACAAGAGAGUACCUGUUACAAAUUGGAUCUAAGAACCCUGUCAUGCAUCGAAUUCGGUUGAACGCCCUAAAUGUUUAUGAUACCCAUGACUUUUUCAAGAAUAUGUUCUUACUAAUGGCGCAGGUACGAGGUCCCAAGUUGAUGGACCCCAGGGAGUCACACCCGCCAGGAGAUUGGCGGUUCGUCAAACUACCAUGA